AUGGAAUUAUGUCAAGACGAGACACUUAUACAAAGAUUAGAGCACUAUCAACAUUCUAUAGUAGAAGCAUCCGAAAUCCUGCGUCAGAUAACAGAAGGUGUUGCUUAUAUCCAUGAGAAAAAGCUGAUUCAUGGUGAUAUCAAACCAGCAAAAAUCUUCUUUUGUACGACGGAAAAAAAUUUCAUAAAGAUCGGAGAUUUUGGUUUAGCUGCCUCUUUUGAUGAAAUGAGAGCUAGCACUCAAAUCUAUGCAGCUGGUAAUCUGAUUCCACUGGAGACUCUUCAUGGAUCACUAUAUUAUAUGAGUCCUGAACAGGAAAAUCAGCUACCAUAUGAUGAAAAAACCGAUCUUUAUGCACUAGGCAUAGUCUUCUAUGAACUUUUACAUUCAUUUGAUACCGGCACUGAACGAGUAGUGGCCUUAUCAAAGAUCCGAGAACUUACCAACUCGACACUUCCACCAAUAUUUCCGAAGUACGAAAAAUCAGAUAAUCUUAACCUAUUGUACGAACCUAUUAUAAUUCGGCUGCUUAAAUUUUUAUCAUCUGAACGACCCAAUGCCAAAGAUCUACUGCAAGAUAAAUCGUUACUUCGUCUCAUCAGUAGACCAUGGUUUAAAUUUCGUGAAUGGACAAAGGAAAGUUUAAAUUAUAAGGAAACAGAUGAACUACGCGGUAUUACAGCUGAUAGAAAUGUAGAAUACCUCGUCAUGAAUGUUUCCUUAAACAAACAGCAAUGGGUGAUUGAUAUUCGUACAGCUGAUAGUGCAUUAACAUUUCAAAGACGAAUUGUUGGAGUUAAUAAUGGAACUAUAAAUCAUAAAUUACAAAUGGUGUCAGCAUCAGCAAACCAAUGGCUUUUGAUAAAUGAGCAGAAUAAACUGUAUUUGUACAAUGUAGAAGGACAAAAAGAUCAAACACUAGAAGAAAUAAACGAUUAA